AUGAGGGCCAAGUGGAAGAAGAAGAGAAUGAGGAGGCUCAAGAGGAAGCGCCGAAAGAUGAGGCAGAGAUCAAAUGAAGCAGAUGAGGUGCAACCUCUGGAGGCAGGGCUAGCCUUCACCUGCACCACUCCCUUAUCCCCGCUGGGGCCCUACCAUGUCUUUGUUCCUAGCCGUGCCGGUGACCGCCCUGCAGGACAGCCGAACUUCUCGAUUCCUUCAUCCAUGGAGGUCAUGGCCAGGCCAAGUGUAGCUCCCUCGUUGCAGCUCCGCCCGUGCCCGAGGCAGCGCCGCAACCGCUGCCCACCGUCCGUCCGACGGCGAGUUGCUUGCUCGUCCUCGGCGGCCGACGCCGACGUGGUCGACCUCUUCGACGCCGCUAAGCUCACGGUGGACAAGUUCGUGGCGAGCGGCAUGGUGGUCGGGCUAGGCUCCGGCCCGGCGUCCGCCCUGGCCAUCCAUUACCUCGGCACGCGCCUUCGCCGGGGAUCUCUCACCGGCAUCACCGCAGUCACCUCGUCCGUGCUCAGUGAGAGCGAGGCAGACAAGGCAGGAAUACGGGCUAACAGCUACCAAGAAGGCACCCAGAUUGAUUUUGCUUUCACUGAUGCUGAAGCAAUCGAAGAGGGCACCCUGGCUGCGGUCAUUGGGCGGCUAAAGACCGAGAGCGGAGAGCCCUCUUUCAUGUUGGAGAAGGCAAUGGCUAAGUCAGCUGACAAGCUUGCCUUCAUCACUGGAAAUGACAAAUAUGUGACGAGCGUCGAGGGUUCCAUCCCGGUCCUGGUUAAAAGUGGAAACUGGAUAGACACCGCCGAAGAGAUCGACGAUUUGUUUCUAGGAGAUGCAGAGGUUUGGAGGAGGCCGUCGUUUGGAACUGCCGGUCCACUAGGGGGUGACCACCCAUUGGUUACCAAGGAGGGCCAUCACGUACUCGAUGUUAUCUUCACAACUCCAAUCCCAGAUCUUGGUCAGGUAGCAGAGAAGUUGGACAAAAUUGAUGGUGUUGUGGAUCAUGGGAUCAUUUGCAGCAACCAGUAA